AUGUCGUUCGCCGCCUUCCGCAAGUCCGAGCACCACGACGACCUCGGCAAGCUCGCCGAGCAACAUCUAAAGCACGACCUCGAGCCGUCGGACCGCGACGCGCUGGUCAAGGCUUCGAAGCGAGUCACGUUACCCGCCACCCUCGGCACGCUCCUCGGCCUGGGCUUGGGCGUGUACGCCGCAGUCAGGCUGCGAAAGGUCCGCGCCGACAUGUUCAGCGCCUUCCGUGCUGCUGAGAAGCCGUCGCACGUCAUUUUCGCUGAUGGACGGAAAGAGGCCAUCCCCGACGUCACACCCCUGAUGCGCCCUAGCAGAUUCGGCGACAUUGCCACCUACUUCUUCUUCGGCCUCGGUGGGACGAUCCUGGGUGGCGAGCUGGGCUUCCUCCUAGGAACCUGGUCGGCGACGCGGGCUAUCAGCAAGGAUCCCGCGCGGAGGAGCAGAAUCGAGAACGCGUACAGGAAGUUCCGAGCUGAUAUGCUUCGACAGGAGGCUUCGAGGCUGGAGUCUGGAUCGUCCCCGAGCGUCUUCUGA